AUGGACCUCGAUAUUCAAGAUGAUGGAUCAAAGCAAAUUACAUUAUGGGCAAGAAAUCCAAUUCCAUCAGAUUUUUCGCCAAAAAAAGACUCAUUAAUAUUUCAACAAUUAGAAGUAGAUUAUGCCGAAAUUAAAGAACCAGUACCAGGUAUGCCAGGUCCCUCUGUUGGUCCAUUACCAGUGGUCCGUUUAUUUGGUGUUACUAAAAACGGUAAUAGUGUAUUGUGUAAAGUUCAUGGUUUUUUACCAUACUUUUUUAUUAGCUGUCCACCUAAUUUUACACAAUCCGAUUGUAAAUCUUUUAAAAAAGCUUUAAAUGUAAAUAUUAAAGUUGAAGAUAUUGUCAUCUCAAUUAGAAUUGUCCAAAAGAAAUCAAUUAUGGGUUAUAAUCCAAAUCCUUUAACAGACUUUAUUGAGAUUACAUUAAUUCUACCAAAAUUCGUUACAAGAUGCAGAGAUAUUCUCGAAACAGGUAAACAUCGUUUUGAAAUUCCAGGUCAGCCAUUUAGACAAUAUCAAACCUACGAAUCAAAUAUACCAUUUGCUUUAAGAUUUUUAAUUGACAAAAAAAUUCCAGGUUGUAGUUGGAUUGAAUUACCAGCAAAUAAAUAUCAAUUUUCAGAAAAUCAAGUCUCAACAUGUCAAAUUGAAGUUGAUAUCUCAAAUAAGGAGUUAUUAAAUUAUAGUGAUGAAUCAUUUGCACCAUUUAGAAUUUUAUCAUUCGAUAUUGAAUGUGCAGGUAGAAAAGGUUUUUUCCCAGAACCAGAAAAAGAUCCAGUCAUUCAAAUUGCAAAUAUUGUAAAGAAUCAAGGUGAAAGUGAGCCAUUCAUUAAAAAUAUUUUUACAUUAAAAGGUUGUUCAAGUAUUGUAGGUGCUCACGUUAUCUCACAUAAAUGCGAAAAAGAUAUGUUAAAAGAGUGGAGAAAAUUUUUAAUCAAGGUCGAUCCAGAUAUAAUCAUUGGUUACAAUAUUGCAAAUUUCGAUCUUCCAUACUUAAUUAGUAGAGCUAGAACAUUAAAGAUCCCAGAGUUUGCACUUUUAAGUAGAAUUAAAACAACUAUCUCCAAAAUCAAAUCAACUCAUUUCUCUAGCAGCAACUUGGGUACCCGUGAAAGUAAAGAAGUAUCAAUGCCAGGUAGAACUCAAUUUGAUUUAAUGCAGGCCAUUCAAAGAGAUCACAAAUUAAGUAGCUAUUCUCUCAAUAAUGUAUCAGCACACUUUUUAAAGGAACAAAAAGAAGAUGUUCAUUUCUCCAUUAUUUCAGAUCUUCAAAAUGGUACCGAUGAUGAUCGUCGUCGUUUAGCUGUAUAUUGCAUUAAAGAUGCUGCUCUCCCAAUGAAACUUUUAGAUAAAUUAAUGCUUCUUAUCAACUAUACUGAAAUGGCACGUGUUACUGGUGUUCCAUUAUCUUAUCUUUUGGGCCGUGGUGAAGGUGUUAAAGUUUUAUCACAAUUGUAUAGAAAAGCUAUGGUCGAAGAUUUCCUUAUUCCAACUUAUAAAGUUACAGGUAAAGCUGGUGAAAAAUUCAAAGGUGCUGUUGUUAUUGAACCAAAAUGUGCAUUCUACGACACUCCAAUUGCAACUCUUGAUUUUACAUCUCUAUAUCCAUCCAUUAUGAUGGCCCAUAAUCUUUGUUAUUCAACUUUAUUACCAGCAGAAGAGGCUAAAAAACUUCCUGCUGAUGAAUAUACUGUCACUCCAUCAGGUGACCACUUUAUUCUUCCUCACAAAAAGAAAGGUUUACUCCCUAGAAUUUUAGAAGAACUUUUAUCUGCAAGAAAAAAUGCUAAAGAAUUAUUAAAAAAUGAAAAAGAUCCAUUCAAAAAAGCAGUUUUAGAUGGUAGACAAUUAGCACUUAAAAUUUCUGCAAAUUCUGUAUAUGGUUUUACUGGUGCACGUGUAGGCAAACUUCCAUGUGUUGAAAUUUCACGUAGUGUAACUUCAUUUGGUAGAGAAAUGCUUGAUACAACUAAAAAGAUCGUUGAAGAGCGUUAUACCAUCGCAAAUGGUUAUAACCAUGAUGCUGUUGUAAUUUAUGGUGAUACCGAUUCCGUAAUGGUUAAAUUUGGUGUACCAACUGUAGCCGAAGCAAUGGCAUUAGGAAGAGAAGCCUCAAAAGAAGUUACCAAGCACUUUAUUCGUCCAAUUAAUUUAGAUUUCGAAAAAGUUUAUUAUCCAUAUCUUUUAAUGGCUAAAAAGAAGUAUGCUGGUCUUUUCUGGACAAAACCAGAUAUCCACGAUAAAAUGGACGUUAAAGGUUUGGAGACUGUGCGUCGUGAUACUUGUUUAUUAGUAAGAAAUGUAGUUAGCACCAUCUUAAAGAAACUUUUAAUAGAAAAAGAUAUCAAGCAAGCAGAAGAAUACACCAAAAGUGUUAUUAGUGAUCUUUUACAAAAUCGUUUAGAUCUUUCAAUGUUGGUUAUCACCAAAGCUCUUUCAAAAUCUCAAUAUAAAGGUAGAGUUAUUCACAACGAAUUAGCCCAAAAGAUGAGAGCUAGAAAUCCUGCAACUGCCCCAAAUCUUGGUGAUCGUGUCCCAUACGUAGUUAUUCAAGGCUUAAAGGGUGCACCAAUUUAUGAAAAAGCCGAAGAUCCACUUUAUGUUUUAGAACACAACAUUCUUUUAGAUACUCAAUACUAUUUAGAUAAACAAUUAAAAGCUCCUCUUUUACGUAUUUUCAAGCCACUCUUACCAAAUCCCGAACAAAUUUUUGCUGGUGAACACACUAGAACUAUUGCUCAAUCAACCCUUUCAUCAACCAACAAUCCUUUCUUUGGUACUUUAGAAAAGAAAAAAGUCUGUAUGAGUUGUCCAAACGAAUUGACCAGCGAAGAAUCCACAGUUUGUAAAAAUUGUAAACAUAAAGAAGGUGAUCUCUAUCAAACCUCUUUAAAUAAUGUCACCAAAUUAGAAAACAAAUUUGCAGAAUCUUGGACUCAAUGUCAACGUUGUUCCGGUAGUCUUCAUCAACCCGUUUUAUGUUCAAAUCGUGAUUGUCCAAUUUUUUAUAUGAGAACUAAAGUUCAAAUCGAUUUAAUUGAAGCAAAGAAGACUUUAAAUAGAUUUAAUGUCGAAUGGUAA